ACACACACACACACACACACAUACGUCAUAGCAGGGCUUCACUUUGGCAUCGGUCUCAGCCUUUUCCCUCCACACCCUUCUAGCUCCUCCCUCCUGUGAGAGACUGACAGACCAACAGGGCUGAGGCCAGUGUCUGGAGCUGGGUCCUGGUGCACACACAACAACACACAUCAGACACACACACACUCAAAACACACACACACACCUCAAAACACACAGGCAGCACCCCGGCCAAGGUGUGAAGAGGAGACGGAGUCAGCAGCUCCUGAACGGGAUUAUAAAGGGUGGAAAGGUUUAAGCGAUAACCAUGGCGGAUGAGCAGGAGGAAAACACAAGCGUUCCAGAUUAUGUGGAUGACGAGCACGUCGAACUCUGCUCUGCAUCAAACGUCAACCAAUUGGGCUCGGCCAUCAUUCCUUAUUUCUACUACAUCAACUUCCUCCUGAGUUACUUAGGCAACUGGCUUGUUUUGUUCAUCAUCGUCAAGCUUGAGAAGGUCAACAGCGUCACCAACAUCUUCCUCAUCAAUCUGGUCACCUCCAACAUCCUGUUUGCAUCCAGCUUCCCCUUCCUGGCCAAAUACCAUUCCUCAGAGUGGAUCUUCGGCACGGUGCUUUGCAAGUUGGUCAGCAGUGCCCAUCUGAUUGGUUUCUACAGUUCCAUCCUCUUCCUCACCCUGAUGACCUUUGACCGCUACCUGGCCGUGGUGCACGCGGUGUCCGCUGCCAAGAGCAGGAAGAGGGCGUACGCCAUCGGGGCGUCGUUGAUCGUUUGGUUCAUCAGUGUGCUGGCCAGUCUCAAUGAGCUGGUGUUCAAAGGCGUGUGGAAGGACAGCGAGCACGGCCUGAUGUGUGAGGAGACAGGAUACCACGCCGACGUCAUCAAACAGUGGAAACUGGUCAGCUACUACAUGCAGUUCCUCCUCUUCUUCCUGCUGCCCCUCUUCAUGGUGAUGUACUGCUACACCUGCAUCACCGUGCGGAUCAUGUCCACUCGCAUGAGGGAGAAAUGGCGCUCGGUGAAGCUGAUAUUCAUCAUCAUGUUCACCUUCUUCGUUUGCUGGACUCCCUAUAACAUCGUGAUCCUGCUGAAGGCCAUUCAGAUCUCCACAACCGACGAUGCAAACCGGAAGUGCGAUCAGGUCGAGGCGUUGAACUAUGCGUUGUACGUGACCAGAAACAUAGCGUUCUUGUAUUGUUGCAUCAGCCCCAUGUUUUACUCCUUUGUGGGUAAGCGGUUUCAGAAUCACUUCAGGAAGCUGUUGUUGAAGUACUUGCCUCGUCUGGCACGUCACUUCAGACCCGCUAGUCUGAGCAGCAAGUCCACCUCACAAAGGACGUCCCACACAAACGACUUUUAACAUGCGGGAGACAAUUGACUUUGUUUGAAUUGGAUAUUUGGAUGGGAAAAUGGACAAUUACAUUUUUAGUUUUACAUUUAAAUGUAGUCAUUUAGCAUAUAGGCCUACCUUAUAAAUGAAUAUCUAAUAAUUAAUUGCAAUUAGGGCUGCAACAACGAAUCGAUAAAAUCGAUUACUAAAUGCGUUGGCAACGAAUUUGGUUGUCGAUUCGUUGUGUCGCGCGAUUAAUAAGUUACUCGUAGGAGCAGCACUGUUUACAGCCAGCCGCCGACAGGUUGGUUCAUGGUUCAUGCACGCCCACAGCGAGCUUUAGGCCCCGUUCACACGAAGCCGAAACGGGCAAAACCGUUACGGUUUCGAUCUAUCCGGUUUCGAAGUAUCUCCGUAAAGACGAAGCCAAGCGAAACCGGGUAGAUCUGUAGAAACGCUGUAGUACACAUUCCAGGCCCAUAAGGGGCGCUGCUUCUGGUACAGAAAUCCAGAAGAAAUUAAAUAAGAAGAAGAGGCGAGCAUGCGCAUAAAGGCUGCCCUUAUGCGCAUGCUCGCAUGUGAUUUCUGAGACUCUGCGGGCUUAAGAGCCAUUGGCUAGGAGGUCGAGGGGUGGGGCGAUGACGUCAUGGUUUGCGGUUUCAGUCGGUUUCAGGCGUACACACGAAUCCAAAACGAACCCGGGUAGAUUUGAAACCACCUCCGAGGGUGGUUUCAGAAGUUUGCGGUUUCGGUCAGCAGAUUCGCCGGCUUCGUGUGUACGGAAGGCCGAACCGUACAAGACCUUUGCGGUUUCGCCAUGAAAUCGGCUUUGUGUGAACGGGGCCUUAGUGUGAGCGACCACAGCUUGUAUUUUGGUCAUAUCUUAAAACUGGACUGUAGGCCUACAUCGAAGUGUUGUACCUUCACUGUCUUUGGGUUAAAAAAACUCCUUCAACUCAGUAUCCGUCUAGUCCAACCGAAAACUGUCAGCUGCAGACGUUGUGCAGACGGGCUCGGAGUCGGCACCGCGUGCAUCAACAGUCAUUCAAAGCAGCGGUAGUAAUCACACAACCGGACGGUGUAGAAAGUCCCGUCAGUUAGAAAAAGUAAUGCAGUUUUUAAAUCCAUGUUAAAAUCGGCAGGAUAUAGAGCUAGUUAGCUUAAAAAAAAAAAACAGACUAAUGGUCACAAACAGUGUCAAAUGUGAUGUGUUCAGGUCGACUCAGUAAUAUGAUUGAUGCGUUCAAAUGCAACAGAAAAAAAAAAAAAAAAAGAGAUUUUGGUGAAAACUUGUUUUCCCAGUAAUAUAAAAUAGAUAGUAAAGAUAGAAUUAUGACCCGUUUAAUGUCCUAUAUUGAACUAUCAUCAUCUUAUCAGCAAUUAAAGCAAUAUUACAAGUUUUAUUUCAAGGAGUCUCGAAAAUGGUAUCAAUAGGUUAGACCGGUUAACCAUGGACAUCCCUUAUAUACAUAUAAAAGUAUAUCAUACAUUGUAUGUUUUUUUUGUGUUAUCCCAGUUAUGUUUUUUUAAUCUUUUUAUUAUUUAAUAUUACUUUUAAUAGUUCUGGGACGUUGGAGCAAUAACCUGGUGUUUUUACACUUCAGUCUGCACUGUGAAUUUGAAGUAAUGUUCAGUUUUUGAAUAAAGAUGCGGCAAUUAAAAAUGUUUUUUUUUUUAUCAGAUUCAUCGAUUAUUUUUUCGAUUAAUCUACAUAUUAAUCGAUCAUUCAAAUAAUCGUUAGUUGCAGCCCUAAUUGCAAUUAUGAAGCCUUCUUUUUUAAGGCACUUAAAGCGCUUUAAUCAGUUAGUUAGUUUAUUAGUUGUCCUCUUAGGGAAAUUAUUUUUCAGUUUUCUUCCGUCAUUUCCCAAAUAGUGAGUUUGUGGUUGAGAAUAACACCUCAUAUUAACGAGGCUGAAAGAAUCUAAGUUUGUAUUGAAUUUAGAGAAGAUAGGUUAGGUUCUCAAAGGAUGAAAAAUCACAAGAGGAAGUGUAGAAUAACAGAGUUGUUCGGCCGUCAACUAGCUUUGUCAUGACAACAUUUUAACCACUUUUGCUUGAAAUAUAAUUAUAAAGAGAGCAUAUAAUAGAUAUUGAAUUUAGAAUUUCUGCAUUUUUACUGUUAUGUUGCAAAACCAUUUUGUGUAGCAUAAGCGUUGUUGUAUUUCUGCUGUUAUUUCAUUUUAGCUGUAGAACAUGUGUAAGAAAUGAAGAUGCGCUACCGAAGGCGGAGCUACUGCAACUCCACCGUCUACAGUCACUCUUCCACCACUUAAAAUAUAUGUCUAUAUAUAUAUGUUUAAGAAAAAUCUCUCCAGCUCUUCUUUUUAUACCGUAGCUCUUAAAAGUGCUACGACGGCUGCUUUGCUUAGUUCCUAUUUUUAAGUUGUGUGAUCGGGAAGCAAUAUUUGGGGUUCAGCUUCAUGUUGAAAGUAUAAAGUAUCUCCUAAUAAAUGUAAUGUAGUGAAUAAAAAACAUUAUUUUCUUGAGGUUAAUUUUCCUAAUUUU